AUGCUGCGUACAGUCUAUUCCAGACCACUAGAGCUCUUCUUCGGCAUUGACAAGCGUGCCGACGCCGGACUUGCAGAUAACCUCCGCCUGAACAUGGCUGCGCCUCCGGAUAUAUGGGUGGACUCGAGUCACGGGCCAUCUCGAGCUGUCCAUUCGCGUACUUAUACUCUGACACGAGCUGCACCUGCUCCCGCUAAAGCACUCGUCACUGGGGCGAAUGGCUAUCUCGCUGCUUGGAUAGUGCGCACUUUGCUGGAGCAAGGCUACCUCGUUCGCGGCACUGUACGCUCUAUCACGAAGGGCGAGUUGCUGAAGCAAGCCUUAGCCGAGUUCGAGAGCAAUUUUGAGUACGUUCUUGUCAAGGACGUUCUUCAGGAUGGCGCGUUCGAUGAAGCCGUGAAGGGAAUGGACCUGGUCGUACAUUCGUUGUCGCCUGUUGCCUUAAGCAUCAUCCCUGACGCGGUGAUCAAGCCCGCGGUCAAGGGCACACUAGGCAUUCUUCAGUCGGCGAAGAAGUCGCAAGAUACUGUCAAGCGUGUUGUCAUCACAGGCUCUGCUGCUGCCAUCUUCAAGUAUCCACCCGAGCCCGCGCUCUAUGAUGAAUCGAUCGUCAACGAGCCGGCGGUUGAGGCAGUCAAAGCAGGUAGUGUAGACCCUGGUCACAUCUACUGUGCGUCGAAGACUCUGGCUGAGAAAGAGGGUUGGGCCUUCAUGAAGACCGAAGGUAUCCCCACGUUUGACCUCGUCUUUCUACACGGCAACUCGUUCAUUGGCCCGCCCUUGCUCCCCGCGAGCUCUCUGCAGGACCUGUCCGUCUCGCUUCAACACUUGUACCUGUGCACCGUGUUUGCUCGCGACAAGGAGACGAGCUUUGCGGCCAGUGGUGGCUGGAUAGACGUGCGAGACAUUGCCCUUGCGCAUGUACUUGCAGCACAGACACCCGGUGCUGGUGGAGAACGCAUCAUCAUCUCCGCCGGCGACUUCGUACACCAGGAUCUGCACGAUGUUGCGCAUGCUAUUGAUACCAAUUUCCCAGCUGGUAAACCUGAGGCGGAGCGGGUAUACGUUACUCGAUACAACAACGACAAGAUGAAGCGUGUUCUUGGGUUGCAGCCACGGUCGUUGGAGGAGACUGUUCGAGACUCACUGGAGUUCUACAAGACAGUCGCAGACAAGACUUUCAACGCUGCCAUGUAA